AACCCAUCCAAAACCUUGAAAAAACCUCUAUCUCCUUUUGUGUUGUAGUUCUUCGAUCUUCUCUUUCAACUGAUGGCUCCCUCUAGAAACCAUUCUCAGAGAGUGUUCAUCUUCGGCAAGGGCAAGAGCGAAGGCCACAAAGGCAUGAAGUCCUUGUUGGGUGGCAAAGGAGCAAACUUGGCGGAGAUGGCGAGAAUUGGGCUGUCAGUGCCGCCGGGGCUGACGGUAUCGACGGAGGCCUGCCGAGAGUACCAGGAGAACGGCCACAAGCUGCCGCCAGGCCUCUGGGAGGAGAUACUGGAAGAACUGCAUGCUGUGGAGGAAGACAUGGGAGCUCGUCUCGGCGAUCCCUCCAAGCCCCUCCUCCUCUCCGUCCGAUCUGGUGCUGCGGUGUCGAUGCCGGGGAUGAUGGACACGGUGCUGAACUUGGGACUCAACGACGAGGUGGUCGCCGGGAUUGCGGCCAAAAGUGGGGAGCGUUUCGCUUACGACUCGUACCGGCGAUUUUUGGAUAUGUUUGGCGACGUGGUGAUGGGCAUUCCACACUCACGGUUUGAUGAGAAACUGGAAGCCCUGAAAGCUGCAAAGAGAAUUAGCGUCGAUACCGACCUUACCGCCGCAGACCUCAAAGAGCUCGUUGUCCAGUAUAAGAAAGUAUACCUUCAGGCUAAAGGAGAGCAGUUCCCUUCAGACCCAAAGAGGCAGUUGUACUUGGCAGUGGUGGCGGUGUUUGAUUCAUGGGACAGUCCACGAGCAAAGAAGUACCGGAGCAUUAAUCAGAUCACUGGGUUGAAGGGGACUGCGGUUAAUAUCCAGUGCAUGGUGUUUGGGAACAUGGGGAACACCUCAGGGACUGGUGUGCUCUUCACGAGGAACCCCAGCACUGGGGAGAAGAAGCUCUAUGGGGAAUUCCUCAUCAAUGCUCAGGGUGAGGAUGUAGUUGCUGGAAUCAGAACUCCACAGGAUUUGGAUGUUGUGAAGCAGAGCAUGCCAGAUGCCUACAGUGAGCUUGUUGAGAAUUGUAGGAUCCUAGAGCAACAUUAUAAAGAUAUGAUGGAUAUUGAAUUUACAGUGCAAGAAAAUAGGCUUUGGAUGCUGCAGUGCAGAUCAGGAAAGCGCACUGGCAAAGCUGCUGUCAAGAUUGCUGUUGACAUGGUUAAAGAAGGCAUUGUUGAUACUCGUUCUGCUAUAAAGAUGGUAGAACCAGGGCAUCUGGACCAACUUCUGCAUCCACAGUUUGAAGACCCAUCUGCAUACAAAGAUAAAGUGAUCGCUACAGGCUUGCCUGCAUCACCCGGGGCUGCAGUUGGUCAGGUUGUAUUCACUGCUGAUGAUGCUGAAACAUGGCAUGCCCAAGGAAAGACUGUCAUUUUGGUGAGGACAGAGACUAGCCCAGAGGAUGUUGGUGGCAUGCAUGCAGCUGCCGGAAUUCUGACAGCAAGAGGUGGCAUGACUUCUCAUGCAGCUGUUGUAGCGCGUGGAUGGGGAAGACCUUGUGUAUCUGGCUGCUCUGAUAUCCAUGUGAAUGAUGCAGAUAAGGUCUGUAUGGUUGGAGACAAAGUGAUACAGGAAGGUGACUGGCUAUCGUUGAAUGGAUCAACUGGAGACGUAAUCAUGGGGAAACAGCCACUUUCUCCACCAGCUCUUAGUGGUGACUUGGAAACCUUCAUGCCUUGGGUUGAUGAAAUAAGGCAACUUAAGGUGAUGGCAAAUGCAGACACACCAGCAGAUGCAUUGACAGCUAGAAAUAAUGGUGCACAAGGCAUCGGACUCUGUAGGACAGAGCACAUGUUCUUUGCUUCAGAUGAAAGGAUAAAGGCUAUGAGACAGAUGAUAAUGGCAGGAAAUCUUGAACAGAGGCAAAGAGCAUUAGAUCUCCUCUUACCCUACCAGAGAUCUGACUUUGAAGGCAUAUUUCGUGCUAUGGAUGGACUUCCAGUGACUAUCAGAUUAUUAGAUCCUCCACUCCAUGAGUUUUUGCCAGAGGGUCGCAUUGAGGACAUUGUGGAUCAACUGUCUUUGGACACUGGCAUGACAAAAGAGGAAGUCCUUGCACGAGUUGAAAAGCUCUCUGAAGUAAAUCCCAUGCUUGGUUUCCGUGGCUGCAGGCUUGGUAUAUCAAACCCAGAAUUAACCGAAAUGCAAGCACGUGCUAUCUUUGAAGCUGCUAUCUCCAUGAGCAAUCAGGGUGUCAAAGUUCUUCCAGAGAUAAUGGUACCUCUAGUUGGAACACCUCAGGAAUUAGGUCAUCAAGUGAGUCUGAUACGAAAGGUUGCUGAUAAAGUCUUCUCUGAUAAGGGCACCUCAAUAAGCUACAAAGUGGGGACAAUGAUUGAAGUUCCUAGGGCUGCCCUUGUUGCAGAUGAGAUUGCAGAGCAGGCAGAGUUCUUUUCUUUUGGAACAAAUGAUCUUACUCAAAUGGCAUUCGGUUACAGUAGAGAUGAUGUUGGAAAGUUUCUUCCUAUCUAUUUAUCCAAGGGUAUCCUCCAAAAUGAUCCCUUUGAGGUUCUUGAUACUAAAGGAGUGGGCCAGCUCGUUAAGAUUGCCAUAGAAAGAGGGCGGAGAGCUAGGCCUGACUUAAAGGUUGGCAUAUGUGGUGAACAUGGUGGAGAGCCUUCUUCAGUUGCAUUUUUCGCAGAAGCUGGGCUGGACUAUGUCUCAUGUUCCCCAUUCAGGGUUCCAAUUGCCAGGCUAGCAGCAGCUCAAGUGGCAACUUAGAAAAGACCCCAAGACAUGCACAUAGAUGGAGAACAUCAGGUCGACAUCUGAAAAGCAGUGAAAGCACAGAAUAUAUACUGCAGAGAGCAGUAAUAAGUGCUUCCCAAUAAUAAUCCUAGUUCUGUUCAUAAGAAACUUAAACCUAAGUGGAAUGUAUAUUCCGUGUUCAACAUGUGAUGCCAGCAUAAUAAUAAACUUCUCUUUUUUCGUCCUGCA